AUGGACAACUUCCGCAAGAUCGAUAUUGACAAGUACGACGAGGAUGUGAUCCUGGACGAGGAGCUGGUGGAGCCGUACCCGAAGGCGCCAGAGCAAGCGCUAGCGGAAGCCAAGGCCAAGUCUACAGAAGUCAGGACACUCAUCGGGAGGGGUGAUACCGCGGGCGCACUCGCUCUGGUUCUUUCCGACUACCCGUAUGGUCCCACGGUUGAAGAUGCAAAGCAAGUGACGUUGCAAUCGCUACUCGAGAUUGUGAACAGCACCAAGUCGGCCGAGAUUGGAGCGGCGAUCAAGGCGAUUUCGAUCGACCAGCGCGAUGCCCUCAUGAAGUUCCUCUACAAGGGCCUCGAACUCGGCGGCGAGGGCGAAGGCAUCAACUGCGCAGUCCUCCUUGGCUGGCACGAACGCUUGACCGAGGUGGCAGGAACAGGUUGCAUCGUCCGUGUCAUGGCCGACCGCAGAACCAUCUAG